AUGUCAUCAAAAGAUUCCUUCAACAUUGAUCCGAGCAUUCACGAGUCUCCGGACGUUCUCGGCUGGAUCGCCUACCAGCUGGGUAUUCCUCCCAGUGAAGAUACUGGAGACUACCCUUUGGAGGUUCAUUUCAUGGCUGAAAAGUUCCAGGAAAUGACGGAGGCCGAAGCCAUCGACAUUGUUCGGAAGAACCUAAAGUACCACAGCAACGACCACAACUUUUCGGAUCACGAUCGCGUCCUGCUUACGCACCUUGUUGCUGUUGUUGGGGGAGCCAACCAGCCACACGAGUCCGAAGAGCACAGCCAUGAAGAGACUGGGAGUGAUGAAAAGGCUGAUCCUGAAAAAGACCCCACAAGCGAAAACGAAGAUGUAAAACUCUUACGAUACUGGGCCACCUUAUUCCACUGGUGGUCCCCAUAUCCCGAGGUCAGAUCAGUCACCGACCCAUAUGAUGAUACCGAAUGCACUACAGAGACGUGGAGAGUGUGGGUCAUUGGCACCAUUUGGGUAGGCAUUUCAGCCUUCGUAAACCAGUUUUUCAGUCUGAGAAUGCCUCAUAUCACCCUUACAGUGUCAGUCUGCCAACUUCUAUUGUACCCUUCUGGGCGACUCUUGCAAUACUGUUUGCCUGACUGGGGAUUCAAAGUGAGGGGGAGGAGACUAACUCUCAAUCCCGGUGUUUGGUCACAAAAAGAACAACUUCUAGCAACAAUCAUGGUCUCUUGUGCUUCUGGAACUCCUUAUGUUACCUCCAACGUUCUUGUCCAGUACCUUCCACGAUUUUAUAACCAGCCUUGGGCUAACGAUUAUGGAUACAUGUUUCUGCUGAUGUUAGUGACUCAGAUGCUCGGCUUUGGAUUUGGUGGACUCAUGAAGCGAGUGGCUGUGUACCCUGUUAAAGCUAUGUGGCCCACUCUACUGCCUACUCUGGCUGUCAACAGGGCUCUUCUGGCUCCCAGACGAAAGGAGAUCGUCGACGGAUGGAAAGUUUCGCGAUACACUUUCUUCCUGGCAGUAUUUCUCUUCUCGUUUCUCUACUUUUGGGUUCCUGAUUACCUAAUGAAGUUCUUCAGCACUUUUAACUGGAUGACCUGGAUUGCACCCAAGAAUCUGGAUCUGGCCGUGGUUACGGGAUCUAUUGGUGGUCUUGGUUACAAUCCCAUCUCUUCGUUUGACUGGAACGUUGCAGUGUCACGAUUUCAGCCUGUCUUCACACCCCUGUUCUCCAAUCUCAACACAUACAUUGCCAGUCUCAUUUCUGGCCUCAUUAUUCUGGCAAUCUACUACACCAACAAUAACUGGACUGGAUACAUCCCCAUUAACUCCAAUCGAUUGUUUGACAACAAAGGAAAAUCUUACGACGUCAAGAGAAUUCUCACCGACUACAAGUUUGAUGACAAAAAGUACAGAGAAUACUCCCCUCCCUACUACUCUGCUGGAAACCUCGUCUCUUACGGAUCCUCAUUCUGUGUGUACCCUCUCAUGUUUCUUUACACAGUUUUGAUGGACUGGGAUAUCAUGAAGGACGCCCUUAUGGAAAUGGUAAAGUCAAUAAGACACAUUACACGAUCCAAUUACGAAGGUCGAGAUGAUCCCUUCUCCCGAAGAAUGAGACAAUACCCCGAAGUCCCCGACUGGUGGUUCUAUCUCAUCCUCAUCAUUAUGUUCGGUCUGUCUAUCGCUCUGGUUGAACAUUGGCCCAUGCAAACCCCUGUCUGGACUUUGGUGUUUAUCAUUGGCCUAGUUGGUAUCUUCCUGCUGCCUCUGACUAUCAUCCAGGGAUACUCUGGCGUGCAAAUGUCGCUCAACUAUCUCUCCGAGCUGAUCAUUGGAUACGCUCUUCCUGGUCAGUUCAUGGCUCUCAACUUUGUCAAGGCUAUGGGUGUGCAAAUUUCCACACAGGCCCAGCAUUACGCUAACGACCAGAAGCUGACUCACUAUGCUCAUCUGCCCCCUCGUUCUAUCUUCUGGCUGCAAUUGUGGGCCACUUUAGUCAACGGUCUAAUCUGCAUGGGUGUGGUAAAGUUCCAGAUCACCAGUAUCGACGAUCUCUGUGACCCCAAGAACAAGGAUCGAUUCACUUGCCCCGGAGACACCACUUUCUUCAGUGCCUCGGUGGCGUGGGGUAUCAUUGGCCCCAAGAAGAUGUUUGACCACCAGUACCCAAUUCUUAAGUGGAUGUUUCUGCUUGGUACAGUUCUCGCCCUUGUGUUCUACGCCGCCCAAGAGCUUAUCCCCAACCUGAUGAUGAAGAAGUACCCCCACAAAACUGUCCAGAUCGAAAACUUCAAGCGAAAAGCAUUGAUGUUCAACCCCAUUCUCUUCUGCCAUGGUUGCAUCGACUGGGCUCCUUACAACCUCUCUUACAAAACUACGGGCAUUUACAUUGCCAUCUUCUUCAACUACUAUCUGAAGAACCGGUUCAUGAACUGGUGGAGAAAGUACGCCUAUGUCUUCUCAGCGGGCAUGGACACUGGUAUUGCUUUGUCUGCCAUCAUUAUCUUCUUCUCGGUCGAGUAUGUGAAGCACGAGCUCAAAUGGUGGGGCAACACCGUGUCUAAUGCCGGGGCAGACAACAAUGGACCUCCAGCUAGACUCCCCAUUCCCAAAAUUGGCUACUUCGGCCCAGAUAGUGCUCAUUAUCCGUAA